CGCUCCGCCUCGCGUUCGGUGUGAGACGUAGAACUCAGCGACUGAGGCCACGAGCGAGAUGCCUGUGGCCGUGGGGCCUUACGGACAGUCCCAGCCAAGCUGCUUUGACCGCGUGAAGAUGGGCUUUGUGAUGGGUUGCGCCGUGGGCAUGGCGGCAGGGGCGCUCUUCGGCACCUUUUCCUGUCUCAGGAUCGGAAUGCGGGGUCGGGAGCUGAUGGGCGGCAUCGGGAAAACCAUGAUGCAGAGUGGCGGCACCUUUGGCACAUUCAUGGCCAUCGGGAUGGGCAUCCGAUGCUAACCAGGGCAGUGGUUGCCCACUACAUCCAGCCUCUCCAAUCAGUCCCAGCCCAUGUACUAUAAUAAAACAAACCUUUGAAUAUUGA